AGACAUCUCCUCUCUUUCCAUUCGAUUCUCCUCCUUCCACUUGGUUCAAGUGGAGCUGAACUAGAACCAGACUCCAUGGACAAGAAGGUAGUUCUAAUCACAGGCUGCUCCUCAGGGAUUGGCCUCAGUCUGGCUGUCCGACUGGCUUCUGACCCCAACAAGGAAUACAAAGUGUACGCCACAAUGAGAAACCUGGCCAAGAAGGAGCGUCUUCUAGAGUGUGUCAAAGGUCUUCACAAGGAUACGCUGGACAUUCUCCAAAUGGACGUGACUGACCAGCAGUCCAUCCUGGAUGCAAGGGACAGGGUUGUGGAGAAACAAGUGGAUAUUCUUGUAUGCAAUGCUGGUGUGGGUUUAAUGGGGCCGCUAGAGGUACAGUCCUUGGACUCUAUGAGGCAGAUUCUGGAUGUCAACCUGCUCGGCACCAUCCAGACCAUCCAAGCUUUCCUGCCGGGCAUGAAGGCUCAGAACCAGGGCCGGAUUCUGGUCACUGGCAGCACUGGAGGUCUUCACGGACUGCCUUUUAAUGAGGUAUACUGUGCCAGUAAAUUUGCAAUAGAGGGAGCAUGUGAGAGCAUGGCAGUCCUUCUGCAACACUUCAAUAUCCAUGUGAGUCUCAUUGAGUGUGGACCAGUUAACACUAACUUCCUGGACAACCUGCUGAAGGUGGAGCUUGGGGAUGUGUCUCUGCAACAGGUUGAUACCCACACACUCAGCCUCUAUGAAAAGUACCUGCAGCACUGUGGUUCUGUGUUCCAAAACGCGGCACAGGACACAGAGGACAUUGUAAAGGUAUUUCUGGAUGCCAUCCAGUCACCCCGCCCUUCAUUCAGGUACUUCACCAGCGGGGACAUUCCACCUCUCAUCAAACUGAAGAUCGCAGAACCAGAAGGCUCAACUUACAUCGGUGCAGUGAGCAAACUCAUUUUCUCAAAUGAGGACCAAUAAUUCUACACAUGCCUUUUCUCCCAAGAAGUACUUUGUGCACAAUCUGUCUCCUCUAUUCCCAGAGGCUACUUGUUUGGUCUUUCACUGUUUUGAUUCCUGAAAUAAAGUUGACUUUCUUCACUCACUAUGAUUGCUAAAGUGGGACUAUUACAGGAAGAAGGGACUUUAUGCUUCCAUGUUUUAUGUGUCACCUACUAGUCUUAACACAGUUUAAUUCAUACACAGUUUGUUUGGAUGUUUGUGUAUUUUUUUACAGUAUGUAUUUCACCUAAUACACUGCUUCUUCAUUUCAUGUUAUUAAAAGUGUUCUGACCACACAGGUCUGCCAUUUUUGACUGGGAUAGGCUCACUUCAGGUUUCUAACACAUCAUUAAAAAGACAAAUACUUUCAAAAA